AUGGAAGAGAAGAAGGGAAGUGAAUCAAGAUUUAAUAGGGUUUCUGUAUUCUGUGGAAGCAGCACAGGCAACAAGGAUUGCUAUAGAGAUGCUGCUCUACAGUUGGGCCAAGAAUUGGUUUCAAGAAAAAUAGAUCUUGUGUAUGGAGGGGGCAGUGUUGGGCUGAUGGGGGUGAUCUCGAAGGAGGUGCAUGCCGGCGGGCGACAUGUUUUAGGAGUCAUCCCCACAGUGUUAAUGUCCAAAGAGAUAAUUGGAGAAACUGUAGGAGAAGUUUGUCGGGUUGCAAACAUGCACGACAGAAAAGCAGAAAUGUUCCGACAAUCUGACUGUUUCAUAGCUCUUCCAGGGGGUUAUGGCACAAUGGAAGAAUUAAUGGAAGUGAUUACUUGGGCUCAGCUUGGGAUUCACCACAAGCCUGUGGGUUUAUUAAAUGUACAAGGCUACUACGACACUCUGCUGAGUUUCAUGGAUAAGGCCGUCGACGAUGGAUUCAUCGAGCCAUAUCACCGCCAGAUCAUUGUUUCCGCUUCAACCGCGCAAGAACUCCUCCGAAAACUCGAGGAAUAUGUCCCAAUGCAUGAGGGAGUGGUGGUAGCUAAGGUAUAA